AUGAAAAUCGGCUACAUAAGUUGGGAAGAUUUUUUGCCCAAAAGCUCAAACUUAGAGGACAACAUUAGGCUUUAUAACUUUUCAGGCAGACCAGCAGCUUUUGAAUUAGUACUGAUUUAUGGCCAACCCAUAGAUCUGAGCACUAACAAUGUGUUGAUGUGUGCAUCGGAAUUUCUAAAAAUGACAGAAGAAUUUGAGAAUGAAAAUCGGAUAUCCAAGACAGAAGCCUUUCUAACAUUCAUCGUAUUAGCUUCUUGUGAGAACCUAUCUCCCUGGGCAGAAAAUCUUCAAAUUGUACGAAGAUGUUGUGAAUCAAUUUCUCGGAAAGCUUUUCAAGACAAUAAUGAGUUAAAUGAUAAUGAAGCAUGGUGGUUUGAUGAUGUAUCAACCUUACGUAUUGAUCACUUCGGCAGAAUAAUAGCAGCAAUGAUCAAGCAUUAUGCACAAAAAUGGUUGCCAAGCAUGCACACAGAGGCAGAUGGUCAAAAAAGGGAUUGGUAUCGGAAAAAACAGCUGCAUUUCAAUAUAUGCAGUGGGAUGAACCAAGAAGAUGACAGUAACGAAAAGAAAGUGCAAAAGCUAAUCAUAGAAAGCAUUAUGAAUCCUCCCCCGCAGAAGGAAGCUGUUUCCUGUCAAUUCUUGCUAUGUAUGUUGAAGAUGGAUAUGAGACAUUCCGCCACCAGCUUGAUCUAGGAGCUUGAAAAAAGAGUAGGGUUAUUCUUGCAAGACGCAAACGUGCAAGACCUCCUCAUUCCAAAUUGUGGUAGCAGAGACCAGGGAAAGCUGAAAAAGUAA